GCAGACGAUGAAGAAGUAACAGAAGUGGAGGUGGGGACAGAGCAAGGAACUGCUGGGGCUGAGUGCGAGAUGCCUGUCGACCAAGAGCUGGCCGACGCCGACGAUGGUGAGUCGGAACGGUGCGACGCACGACCCCCAGCGGACUUGACGCCCUCGCCAGCCGGCAGCGAAGUAGAUGAAGUGGGAAAAGCGGGCAUGGCAGACGAGACGGCGAGGAGGCACAAGGCCGUUGGAGCCAUGGAGCAUGGGUACCGACCACGGGGCUUGGCGCAAAUGCCGGAGCAAGUGACGCGUAGCCGGCUGCAGGUGCAGCCGCCCGCGUACUACGUCUAGAGAGAUGAGUGGCAGCGGGAGGGAAGAAGAAGAGACAUACGGUGGCACUAGGAUAGCUGAAGCUGGGGUAGAGAUAACACUGCACGAGUCUGCGGGGAGGAGGAAAUGACGAAGCAUAUGACGCCUCGUGAGUCUCCUGCGAGUCAUGACCACACUCGCGGGGAUACGACUCCUCCUUUCCAACGCCGCCGGAUGUGUUAGCGGAGCGGACGGGGAUGGCACGUGUCGAUCUGGAGUAUCGACGCGGGUGGUGGGGUCACGCCC